CUCAGAAGUAUGUGCCUAGGGCUGCGCUGGUGGACUUGGAACCCGGCACUAUGGACAGUGUGAGGUCUGGGCCUUUUGGGCAGCUCUUCCGGCCUGACAACUUCAUCUUCGGACAGACGGGCGCCGGGAACAACUGGGCCAAGGGCCACUACACUGAGGGCGCCGAGCUGGUGGACUCAGUGCUGGAUGUGAUUCGCAAGGAGUGUGAACACUGCGACUGCCUGCAGGGCUUCCAGCUCACCCACUCGUUGGGCGGCGGCACAGGAUCAGGCAUGGGCACCCUGCUCAUCAGCAAGAUCCGGGAGGAGUACCCGGACCGCAUCAUGAACACCUUCAGCGUCAUGCCGUCGCCCAAGGUCUCAGACACCGUGGUGGAACCUUACAAUGCCACAUUGUCGGUACACCAGCAGACCUACUGCAUCGACAACGAGGCCCUCUACGACAUCUGCUUCCGCACUCUCAAGCUGACCACACCCACGUACGGGGACCUCAACCAUCUGGUGUCUGCCACCAUGAGCGGUGUCACCACAUCCCUGCGUUUUCCCGGCCAGCUCAACGCUGACCUGCGCAAGCUGGCUGUGAACAUGGUGCCCUUCCCACGCCUGCACUUCUUCAUGCCCGGCUUCGCCCCACUCACAGCCCGGGGCAGUCAGCAGUACCGUGCCCUGACAGUGCCCGAGCUCACACAGCAGAUGUUCGAUGCCAAGAACAUGAUGGCUGCCUGCGACCCACGCCACGGCCGCUACCUGACCGUUGCCACCGUCUUUAGGGGCCCCAUGUCCAUGAAGGAGGUGGACGAGCAGAUGCUGGCCAUCCAGAACAAGAAUAGCAGCUACUUUGUGGAGUGGAUCCCCAACAACGUUAAAGUGGCCGUGUGUGACAUCCCACCCCGGGGCCUGAAGAUGGCUUCCACCUUCAUUGGCAAUAGCACUGCCAUCCAGGAGCUAUUCAAGCGCAUCUCCGAGCAGUUCUCGGCCAUGUUUCGCCGCAAGGCCUUUCUGCACUGGUUCACCGGCGAGGGCAUGGACGAGAUGGAGUUCACCGAGGCUGAGAGUAACAUGAACGACUUGGUGUCUGAGUACCAGCAGUAUCAGGACGCCACGGUCAACGACGGGGAAGAAGCUUUUGAAGAUGAGGAUGAAGAAGAGAUCAAUGAAUAGGGGGCCUUUAAGAUGCUAUGGUGCACACCU